CCCAGUUUCAUUUCAUUUGCAUCUCAAUCAACAGAACACCCUCCCCCCUUUCUUUCUCCAUCAUGCACGAUGAUCAUCCGCCUCCUACCGACAAAGGCGACCAGCCCACCAUUAUCACCUUCGACAAUAGCGGCGACGGCCCGCUCCGAGUACCCGGUUUUGGCACUAUUCCUCUGACAUACGAGCUCCCAUCCGACGCGCGCUUUGCCCACGGCAUCCAAGAGUGGCGACAGGCGCCCGCCGUCACCGCCCGGGAGCUGGCCGUGGACAACCGCCAUGAACCGUCUGACCGACCGCCCGGACUGGCAUGUCGAUGUCUUCGAUGAUGGGGUCGUGGCGCGCUGGUGACAAGACAGCAUCGAUUGAGUAUCAUCGACCCGACCUUGUUUCCGCUGGUCUAUGGGCGGAGCCUGGUCUUGGCG